AUGGCCAAAGCUCUGCCCACGCGCGCAGAUCUCGUCGCCUACCAGCAAGGUGUCGCAGGCCAUGAUGGUACACUGUGCGACGUCGACGGCGAGCUUUUCAUUAAGCCCUGUACCCCCGCCGAAGUCGCAUUCUACGAAUCCUCUCUUGCGACCCACCAAGACUUCGCCGAAUUUAUGCCCACGUUCCUGGGAACGCUGACGCUGGACGAGCAGCAGAACGGCCAGACGAUUGAAGAAGUGGGCGCUGCUUUGAUCGCCAAGCAUACCAUCCCCGAUGUUCUAGGUGCUACAAAGUCGAGCAAGAAGAUAGUCACGGACCAAGCUGUGGUACUUGAGAACGCGGCGCAUGGCUUUGUAAAGCCUAAUAUUCUGGAUGUUAAGUUGGGGGUGAGGUUAUGGGCGGACGAUGCACACCAGGAUAAGAAGACAAGAUUCGAUAAAGUUACAGAGGAAACUACGCAUAAAGACUUGGGCUUCCGGAUCGCGGGCAUGAGAGUAUGGCAGGGCGCCAAAGCAGUCGGAAAAGACAUAGACGCAGACGGCUACAAGAUCUACGAUAAAAACUACGGGCGUUUUGAUCUUCAUAACGGAAAUGUACAUGAAGCAUUCAAGAACUUCAUCUUCGCCGAGUCGGCUGGUGUUGAUGAAGAGUUGGGCAAAUUAGUGGCGCAGGCGUUCCACGCGGAUGUUUGCAGGAUACAAGAAGUAUUAGAGGGCCAGGAAAGCGUCAUGUUCUCUUCUAGCCUCUUGUUCGUGUUUGAGGGCGAUGGAGUUGCUCUGCGCUCUGCUAUGGAGGAAGCAAGUCGUUCUCCGGCGACGCUUCAGAAUGACGAUGGAGAUGUGUCGUCAGAAGAGGACGAAGAUGAGGAUACGAGCCCCAAAAUCUAUAGUGUCAAGGUCAUUGACUUUGCACAUGCAAAGUGGACACCGGGUAUGGGUCCUGAUGAGAACUCUUUAGUUGGGGUCCGGAGUGUGGCCAAUAUAUUGAAGGAUCUGGGGAGUGUUUGA